AGUCAAAGAAAAACUGAAGAAAAACCGCAGACAAAGUUCGGGAUAACCGAAAGAAAACUGUAAAACUUUUUAAUUGCAAGCAGUGCACACUUUCGUUACUCAACAAAGUUGCGCGCAAAAAAGUAUGCAACAUAAGAAGUGUAAUGGAAAAAAGCAUUGAUUUUCACUGCGAAAAUUCCCAUACACACACACAUACAUUUACGCAAACAAAAAAUAAGUGUGCGUGGUCGUUUUGGCUACUUUUUUCGCAGCCUCUCUGGCUUUUUCUUUUUUUUUUGCAUAUUGUCCGAUCCGGUCAGCUUCUUGAUUUCGCACCCCGCUCUCUCUCUUCGCUCUUGGUGUGUAUGUGUGGGAGUUCCUGCUCCUUUCUCUCGAAAGAGAGAUUUUUUCACUCUCUCUUGGAGAAGCAACAACCGCAACAAGGAUAAGGCAGCGACGGCAGCUGCGACGUCGGCAGAGCAACCAUUUCGACCGCAUUGCCAAAUCGAUUUGCCAAAAACGAUUAUCAAUGAUUUCACGAACGCGCCACCAAAAUUCGUUCGCCAAUUGAAUUAAAUUAAUCUCAUUUUGCCUACGUGUAUACGUGUGUGUCUCUGAGUGUGUGUGAGCUGGUGUGUGCGGUGUGAAUCGAAUUAAAUCGGUGCAGAACAAAAACUAAUUUAAACCAAUUUAUCCCGACAAACUACAGCCAGUGCAAGCAAAUAGAGAAAUAAAAUAAAACAAUAAAUAAAGAACAAGAAGAUGUACUCUUUAAUUCAUUGAACCAGAAAAAAAACUCUUAUAAAAACACACAGACAACACAACGAGUUAGAUACGCACAACAACAACAUUUCGUUGCAAAAUCGCAUGCUAGAAAAUUUGAAAAUCUAAAAGUUAAACCAAAAAAAACACAAAACAAAAUCAAUUCAAAAUUAAACGCUAAAAGUUGCAUCAAAUUAAAAAGACAUACACAUCUAUAUAGAGAAUUCAAUAAUAAAGAAUAUAAAACCAAACUAAACUCCAAAAUACAACAAAUUAAUUACAAUUGUGAUGAGCAAGUUAAUUGCAUCAAUUGCAGCAUAUAAAAUCUCAAGCAUUUAAAAAAAAGCUUAAACCCAUAUAUUUGCCGCCCAGGCAGACUCAAUUAAAAGGAAACAAUAAUUUAUUGCCACAUCAAUUCAGCGACGUCGUGGGAAGCCGAGAAAAUUGGAGAUACACACCACACACACAGACAUAAUUUACCAGUGAUAGCAACAGAAUUUACAUAACAAUUAAAAAUAAAAAGCCAACAAUAAUAAUAAUAACCCGAAAAACCGAAAAUUGUUGUAGACUUUUAACUCGCCCAGUCAGUUGUUGUUGUUGUUGUUGAUUAAUCGUAAUAGAAGUUGUUGUUCAGGAAAUGCUGUGAUCAGAGAGGGCAGUUACAUGAAGUUAAUUACAAAAUAGCUUUGAUUACAAGCUGAAUAAGUAGUUCAAAUACAAAUUAUAGAAAAAGAGUGAGCAAUGCUCAACGGCAGUGACAGCAGCAACAGCAACAGCAGCAACAGCAGCAGCAGCAGCAACAACUCAAAACACGGCAGCAACAUCGGCGCAUCUCCUGGCCUCAAACACAUAUCAAAAGGCUAGAAAGUGCACCGCACAGAAGGGCGGAGAAAGCAGCGAAAGCGGAGAAAGCGGCCAAAGGACACACAAUUUACCCGCGCCACAACUCGCCACCGCCCCCGCAUCGCCUGCAAUGCUCUGGUAGCCAAGACAGUUUUACGGUGGAUCACUACUGCGCCGGCGGCGACCCACAGGCAGCAGGAGCAGCAGCGGCGGCAGCGGCAGCGGGCGGAACCCAACCUGGAUCGGCCGGAUCUGGAUCUGGAGCUGGAGGAGGAGGAGGAGCUGCAUCUGGAGCAGGCGGACCAACGGCGGCGGGUCAAUGGUCCAAUGCUGGCGGCAUCGGCGUGACCUCCUGCGGCAUCGGCAUCGGCAUGUGCCAGCAUCAUGGGCUCACAUCACAGUCGUUGAUGUCCGGUGGCUCGCACAUGUCGCUGCUCGGGAGCAGCGGCAGCAGCGGCAUGAGCGGCAGCGGCGUCGGCAGCAGCGGUCAGGGUGUACCCAUGUCCAUGCCAAUGCCCAUGUCCAUGUCCAUGGCCAUGGCCAUGCCCCAAUGUCCGGCGGCAGCAGCUGCGGCGGAUGGGGGAAUCGGUGGCCACUGUCGCAGCCUGAGCGGACUCAGCUCGAUCAGCAUACCGCCGCCGCCGGCGCUCUUCAAUCCGUGCAGCUCGGCGCUGUCGCUGCAGCAGGCGGCGUCCACCCGCUGGGGACCACGUACCUCCUGUCCGGUCCACAGUCCGUUCCGGGUGCGCGUGCCCAACGGCUCCAUCUGCUCCGGACACCAGGCUCUGCUCCAUAGCCACGAUGUGGUGGCCCGCGAUGUGUACGGGGAGGAGGCGCUGCGCGUCACCCCGCCCCCGAUGGUGCCCUACCUCAACGGCGACGAGCUGGACAAUGUCGAGGGUGGCGAACUGCAGCAUGUGACCCGGGUGCGACUGGUGCAGUUCCAGAAGAACACGGACGAGCCCAUGGGCAUCACGCUGAAGAUGACCGAGGACGGGCGGUGCAUUGUGGCCAGGAUUAUGCACGGCGGGAUGAUUCACCGCCAGGCCACGCUGCACGUGGGCGACGAGAUACGGGAGAUCAACGGCCAGCCGGUGCAGCACCAGUCGGUUGGCCAAUUGCAACGAAUGCUGCGCGAGGCACGCGGUUCUGUUACCUUCAAGAUAGUUCCUUCGUACCGCAGCGCUCCGCCCCCCUGCGAGCUUUUCAGGAUCAGACCCGCUCCGGUGCUUAUAUUCGUGCGCGCCCAAUUCGAUUAUAAUCCGCUGGAUGAUGAGCUUAUACCCUGCGCCCAGGCGGGCAUAUCAUUCCAAGUGGGCGACAUACUGCAGAUCAUUAGCAAGGACGAUCAUCACUGGUGGCAGGCGCGACUGGACACGGUGGGCGGAUCGGCAGGACUGAUUCCGUCGCCGGAGCUGCAGGAGUGGCGGAUCGCCUGCCAGACGGUCGACAAGACCAAGCAGGAGCAGGGAGAACCGGGUGCUGGAUGUUCCGCUCACGCAGAUGGGUGUGAUGGAUCAGCAGUUAACUGCUCCAUCUUCGGGCGCAAGAAGAAGCAAUGCCGGGACAAGUAUCUGGCCAAGCACAAUGCCAUCUUCGACACGCUCGAUGUGGUCACGUACGAGGAGGUUGUCAAGGUGCCAGUUGGCGACCCGAACUUUCAGCGCAAAACAUUGGUGCUCUUGGGUGCUCAUGGGGUGGGCAGGCGGCACAUCAAGAACACCUUGAUUUCGAAGUACCCCGACAAGUACGCCUAUCCCAUACCACAUACAACGAGACCUGCCAAACCCGAGGAGGAGAAUGGACGCAGCUAUUACUUUGUGUCGCACGAUGAAAUGAUGGCUGACAUCGGUGCGAAUGAGUACUUGGAAUACGGCACCCAUGAGGAUGCCAUGUACGGCACCAAGUUGGACACCAUCCGGCGCAUUCACACCGAGGGCAAGAUGGCCAUACUGGAUGUGGAGCCGCAGGCACUGAAGAUACUCCGCACGGCCGAGUUCACGCCCUAUGUGGUGUUCAUAGCGGCGCCCUCGCUGCAGAAUAUAGCAGAUUACGAUGGGAGCCUGGAGCGUUUGGCCAAGGAGUCGGAGAUGCUGCGUCAGCUGUAUGGGCACUUCUUCGACCUGACGAUUGUGAACAACGACAUCAGCGAGACGAUUGCCACGCUGGAGACGGCCAUCGACCGGGUGCACACCACCCCGCAGUGGGUGCCCGUAUCCUGGCUGUACUGACAAGACAGCGAGCUGGAAUGCCCCGACUGCCUCGAGGGCUGCGAAUGCGAGUGGGAUGCCUACACGCAGGCCUCCAACGUGGCGCUCUAUUGAGAUGCGAAGCGAAGAUACAGAAACAGCUACAGAUGCAGAUACACGCCACAUCACCACAAGACACCAUUAAAGUAUUACCAAGGCACAAACAGCAGCAACUGAAGAAGCAACAGCAACCACUACGGAAAACAUUGAAAGAUUGAUGGAUAGAAGGAUAGCAGGAUAGCAGGAUAGCAGGAUAGCAGAAUAGAAGGCGCCUGGCGCCAAGCUAUAUACUUUAAGAAUAGUUGGGUAUUAUGGGAACUGCGCUCGCAACGCAAACGACAAAAGUGUUAAUUGUCAAACAACCAAUUUGUAUUUGCCUCUUUUUUGUUUAUCGUUUUUAACAACGUUUAUUUGUAUUAUUUGUAACCCAAUUGUAUUUGCCAUUCCAAGCUCAUUGUGUUAUUUUUACGAUUAUUGUUUUGUUGUAUUGUUUUUAUGUAUUCCACAUUUAGUCAAAAAACAGCAUUAAACGCUUAUGUAAAUCAUGCACUUGUUAGUGUCUAAGUUAACUGGAGGUAGACAAAUCGAAACCCCGCACAGAGGGUUCCGUUCGAAUCACUCCAAAUUGUUUUUACUCAAAGAUUAUUUCCGGUUAGGGUCUUGUGAGCAGGGAUAGGGCGUUGAACGAGUUAGUAAAUUAUAGAGAAAACUACGUAAUUAAAUAUAAUUAAACAUAGACACAAGGAGACAUAACAGCAGCCACAAAGAACUCGAUGAACAGAACAUAACAAACAAAUUACGAUGUGAGCAAUUUCAAGUGUUUCAAGCCAAGUAAGAACUAAUUAAUUACAUAUGGAAGAUCGAUCAAGUAAGGACAGUGGUAAAGUGCACGUUUUAAAUGCAAUAAAACAUAAAGAAAAGGUAACAGAAAAACCAAAAAAAAAAAAAUAAUUAAUUCCAGUCACAACACUACACGAAAGGAAAUGCAAAAAAAAGAACAUAUAAUAAAAGAAACCAAAUUGUUGACGUUUAAUUGAAUUCAAUGAGAAAUGAGUAAACCACAAAAAAUGCAAUCAAAUGUAAUAAAAACAAAAAAAAGUACAUAAUAAUAAUUGCAGCAGCGUUUAAUUCAGCAGAAGCAAAGUAAACAAAAGGAAAAACAUAGAGUGAGCACAAAAACACACAUACUAACUGCAAUUACGAAUUAAAAUAAUUAGCAAAAGGAAUGAGGAGAUUGCAGGUCAACGCAAAACAGGCAGAUACACUUAUAAAUAUAUGACAAAAAAAAGUAGGAAAACGACGAAAUAUGUAUACACACACAUAUAUAUAUUUUUCGAACAACUCAAACUCAGGUUGGAUACAUUGAAAAUCAGUCAAGUUCAAUAAGAAUAAUAUAGCGGAGCGCUUCCUUUUAACCCACAGCCAAAUAAAGAAAACGAGAACCUAACAAGGAGACCCAAAACUGAUCGGUAUCAGGAUCAGAAUCAGAAUCUGACAGAUAUUAAGUCGCUUUGAAUUGAAUUGAAUUGAAUUAAUCGUACACCCACAGGCCCAGUAACCACCCAAGCAGCAGCUUCAAAUUUUCGAGAUACUUUACAAUGACACUGACGAAUCGACGAACUGUCUUAGCAAUCAAGAAACCUGGCAUUUUUAUGUGUGCAGCUUCAUUCUAUAUAUUCUAUAGUCAGUCAGCAUCCAGCGCUCAGUAAUUUCGCUUUUUUCCCCCUAAACAAUAAAGAUCUAAAAGGUGCGUUUCGAAUUAGCUAACACAGAAUUUAGACCACAACUACGAAGUGCACAUGCAAUCACCUACUAAAUGUAGUUGGGUAUGGGAACUUGAGAUCGAACUUAGUAUUAAACCGAACACACACAACACACGUUUGUAAACAGGUGCCUGCCACACCACAAAAAUCACUAUUCCCAAUUUAAGCCUGAGCUUGAUUCGAACCCACUUGAAUUUCCCAACCGCACACCACACAAGAAUAUAAUACACACACACACUUAUAUCCAGAACAAUUCUAUGGUUUCAAAAUGGUUGAACAAUUUUGCAUAGAGUAUGAGUAUUAUCGUUAGACGCUGGGCUAUAACUUUUCCGUUCUGAGCGUGGAAGUGGAAGAAGAUAGCAGUGAGGCAAUGCAAAUCAUAGAAGUAUCCCAGAGAAAAUGAAGAACAACCGAACCUACCCGAAAAACUGAAGAACUAACUACCUACCCACAACCACAAACGCAAACGCAGCCAAGUGGCCAAAUUAACUAAGUAUUAUCCCUUAAACGAGACGAGACGAGACGCGAAGUGAAUAGAAGUCGACUGGAGUUGGAUGUAGUAUGUACAUUUUGAGGCUCCCCGGAAAACACCAAAAAUGAUGAGAUGAUUAGGAAGAAUGCUCAAAUCAAAAUCUUUUAUUUACGGUAUAACAAACGAUAAGGAACGAUUGAUUGAAGGAUUGAAUUUAGAGGGGCAUCGAAAGAGAGUAUCCCGAGAUUGAGAUAGGAUUUCGAAGGAUUCGUUUCGUACUUUUAAUUCUGAUCCUUUUUUUCUUAGCCGAUUGCGAGCAGAUUGUAGCUGUAUUACUCUAAGAAUAAUUUCACCCUAAGAUUAAGUGAAAAUUUAUUGUUGAUAUUAAAACCCAAAAAAAAAAAUGAAAAAAGGAAAU